AUGCCGUCGUCUUUCCCAGAGGUGUCAUCCUCGAGUAGGCUUCCUACCGCCUCCUUUCCCUCCUCGUCCGAGGCCGCUGCGACACUGACGUCGCACGCCCCGGACACACAAUCUGAUCACUCUACGGCGCCUUCUUCCUCGACAUUAUGGUCGUCCUUGCAUCGUAGCCGGCAUGUGCCAACAGGCUCACUCUCGACGCUGGCGGCGUUUGUCGACCCACCAUCAUCGUUGGAUGCGGAAAUCACAACGCCGCGUGGUCGCGGCCGUGCGCGUGCAGGAACGAUGCCCUCACGCUUUGGUGCACCGGGCACACCUGUUCCCACCGCGGACGAACUGCAGCGGCGGGCUCAUGGGCCUAGUCGCCUGGCCCAGUCUGUCACGCUGGAUGCGGAUGAUGUGGAUCGUAUGGCUACCAUGCCCUCGAUGCGUACCAGCUACUUUGACCCCUUCCCAUCCAGUUCGGCUGCCACAGAUAGUCUUGGUGAUGUCCAGGCGCAUUCGUUGGCCAAGACACUCGACUACUUGGGCCUGAGUGAUGACACCAAACCCUUGCAGCGUGAUCGAGCUUAUACCGAUACCGGCGUGCCAUCGAUGCAGCCCCUUACGCCGCCUGUGCAUGAAGGGCCAUGGAACGUCGCCUCGACACGGUCUUCAUCUACCAGCCCCAUGUCGCUGCGGCUUCCUGGCUACGGUCGUAUGCGCGCAGGCACUGUUGCCGCGUUCUCAGGCACGGAUGCACGCUCACGCCCUGACUUUGAUGUGCCACGCUCGCUUGGCGUCGCAGGCAUGCCGUCAGGUAUGUCGCCCCUGUCUGACACUGGUCACUUUCCGCGCAUGCGUAGUCAUUCUGGAUCGAUGUGGGCAGCACGGAGUACUAUGCCCUCGCAGGACGAAUGCCGCGUAUACAUUCGCUUCCUCAGCGCAGACGUAUCCACUCGUCUUCUUCUUCGCCUGUUUGAGCCGUACGGCUCUAUCAAGGAUAUUCAGCUUUUUCCGCAUCGCGGUGCGGCACUCAUUCAGUUCAAUGAGCCGAUGCAGGCCCAACAAGCCGCGGAUGCAGGCACGGCGUACAUCGGUCCGUACUUGGUCGAGCUGCUAGAAUCACAAACGACGCCGCCCCAGUUUGAAUGGGGCCACACAACGCCGCCUGCGCUUGCUACAGCUUCUGCGCACGAUAUGCUGGAUGUGUGGCCGACGCGUGUAAUCCAGGUCUCCUCGCUACCACCUGGCACGACAUCGCAUGCGUUGAUGCAGCUGUUCUCUGUCGUGGGUCCUGUGGAGCAUGUCACUAUCCAGCCGCAAGGCGCUCAAAUUGCGUUUGAGCAGGUCGAGCAUGCCCACAAAGCGCUGUCUCUCGAUGGUAGCAUUGCGCUGGGUGGCCCGUGGCCGCUGCGUGUACAGUCUGUGCCAGAUGAAGAGAUAUGGCCGCAUCGACCGCCGCGCGCCGUGCGUGUUGGCGGCUCGUCAAGUAUUGUGCCCAGCAGCGACAAGGGUGGUGUGCCGCUACCUACCGAGCUGGUGCCGACACUCUCGCGCGACGACCAGCGCACGAUGCUUGCCCAGCUACACUUUUAUCAGGGCCCUGAUCCUGAUGUGCUCAUGCUCGAUACGCCUGUGACGCGUAUGUACCAUGACUCUAUACCUAUGCCGCCCGAUGGCGGUCGUUCCAGUCGGCGUAUGGACCAUGCCAAGUACCGUGAGCUGCGCAAACUCUUAGAGUCGAAGCAGCUAUCGCAGGAAGAGGUCGACCAAGCAGCGCUCGAGCAAAUGGAUGUCAUUGUGGACUUGGCACGCAACUAUAUCGGCAAUACGGUUGUGCAGCGCUUCUUUGAGCAGUGUACGGAGGAUAUGAAGACACGCAUGCUGGGGAAACUCGCACCACAUCUUGCAUCCAUCGGCACGCACAAGAACGGCACAUGGGCUGCUCAGAAAAUCAUUGAUUGUGCGAAUACCGACGAGCAAAAGACGCUGAUUGCGGAUCACCUUCAGCCAUACGUACCUGCAUUGCUCCUUGACCAGUUUGGCAACUAUGUGGUGCAGUGUAUGUUGCCCUUCGGCUUCCCCAAAGUGGACUUUAUUCUCGAUGCUAUGGUCGACCGCUGCUGGGAAAUUGCGCAGGGCCGCUUUGGUGCACGUAGUAUGCGCACUUGCCUAGAGUACGCGUCGACACCGCGUGAGCAAAUCAAACGCGUCGCUUUGGCCUUGAUUCUGCGAUGUGUGCCGAUGGCCACCUCCCCUAAUGGCAGCUUGCUUCUUACCUGGCUCUUUGAGUCGUCUCAGCUCGACGGGAUUCCGGCUCUGAUAACACCGCGCUUGGUGCCGCACAUUGCUCAACUUUGUACCCACAAACUGGCGUCCGGGACCAUUGUCCGCAUUCUCACUCAGACCACCGAUGUCGCUUCUACCAAGCUCAUCCUUCGUGCCCUCUUUGAUAUCCCCAAAGCGCAAGUGCUGGAAGAAGUGCUUCUGGAUCCCGUCCAUGGCGUUUUGUUGGUCAGCCGCGCGCUCAUGUGCGCUGCCUUGGAUCCCGAGACUCAAGCUCGGUAUGCUGACGCGGUGGCCUACAUCAUGCAGCGCAACGAGUUGGUGCAUGUACCAGCCUACCGACGCUUGGCUGAGCAGGUAGGGCUCGUGCAGGAGCCAGCGACUAUGCUGCCUAACGUCGUCAAAUGGGACGCGGAGACGACGCCAUCGUACCCCGCAGCGAUGUACGCCCCAUCGCCUAUGCCAGGGCGCCCACCGAUGGCGGCAUCGGUGGCUGCUCCGUCUGGCACGCCACAUGCCAUGGCACCUGAUACCUCCCUACCCACCACGGACUCGUGGCCUAUGUAG